AUGUCACAUUCGAAAAGAAACACCUCCCUCGCAUUCUUCACGUUACUCCCCCCCCCCCCUUCUACUCUCCGGUCCACUGUUUUACAUUGCUAACUGACUUGCCAGUUCCUACGAACGCUCCCUGCUAAAGGGCGAUUACGGCAAGCAGCGCACGAGACUGACGCGCGACAGCUUCAAGCCGCUGGACGCGUGCUCGCUCUGUCUGAUGCGCGCGCGCGAGCCGGUGGCGUGUCCCAUGGGCGACUUGUUCUGCCGGGAGUGCGCGGUGGAGAAUUUGCUCAGCCAGCGCAAGGAGAUCAAGCGUAUGCAUGCAGAUCUGGAUAGACGGAGGGGCGAGGAGGAGGAGGAGAGGCAGCGAGAGGAUGAGGAGGUUAGGGGGAGGAGCGUGAGGGAGUUUGAGUUGUUGCAGAUGGGCUUGGAGGUUGGGGGUGGGGGUGUGAGGGGUGGAGUUGUUGCUGAUGGGGUGGAACUGGAGGAGGGGGAGGGGGGAGAGGUGGAAGGGGGAAAGAGCGGGAGGAAGGGGAAGAAGAGGAAAUUCGAAUUGGAUGAGGCGGAAUUGCUUCGCAUUGCUCGUGAGGAGAGGACGAAAGCCCGUAUCCUCAUGAAUGAUGAAAAGGUUUUCCCCUCCCCCUCCUCUUACCCGCCCAACGACCAACCGACUGACCGGCGAGCCACUAACUAGACCUUAGCUUCAGCGACCAAACUGCCCUCCUUCUGGGUUCCGAGCCUAACCCCGUCGGUCUCCCCCUCGGCCCUCCCACCCAAACUCCCCAAACUCCAACCCGUCUGCCCCGCCUCGGAAAAGUCACACAUACACAACUACUCCCUGAAGGCACUGACGACGGUCCACUUCGACGAAGAGAAGGACGAGAAGACGAACCAUGGCGAUCCGCAGCGCGUGUGUCCGGCGUGCAAACGCGGUUUGAGCAAUUCUACCAAAGCGAUGCGUGAGUUCUCCUUCCUUACCUUUGACGUGCAUGGUGGGAAAAGGUUGGGCUAAUGGCGAUGGAUAGUGGCGAAGCCGUGCGGGCAUGUGAUAUGCAAGCCCUGCGCUGAUAAAUUUGUUUCCGCCAGUCAGGAGGGGGGUGAAGGAGGGGUGGUUACGUGCUUUGUUUGCGAUGAGCUACUUACCGGAAACUUGGGGGAGAAGAGUGGGAAAGGAGGCGGGGAAGGGGGAGGGGAGAAGGGGAAGAAGGGGAAGAAGGAGAAGAAGAGGGAGAAGGAGAAGGGCGAGAGAGGAAUGGUUUUGAUCAAGUGCGAUGGAACGGGUUUCUCUGCCGGCGGUGGGAACGUCACGACGGAGAAGGAGGGAAUUGCGUUUCAAUGU